GGAACAGCCGAGCAACUUCUGUCCUCAAGAAAAAAGGGAGAAAAGGAGAAAAACUAACAAAAUCGGAGCUAAUAAUGGACACCUAAUCGAUAUAUCGGGUAUUUAUUGUUUCGCGGGUGUUGUCUCCUGGCGGCUGGAGGCGGAAACAACGCGAUUAAAACCAGAAGAAGAAGCAGCAACAGGAGGUUAACAUGGCGGACGACAGCAGGCUCCCAACUGACUAAUAACAAACAACACAACGCCUUCAUUGUUAUUAUCUUCUGUUUCAUGUUUUAAUGGAUAACCGGAGCUCCGCCGCACCGGGACGCCGUCGCCAGUGAGGCCGCAUGGCGACCACCCAAACCCGGCUUGGCCAGCAGGCCGUGGCGCUGCUGGAUGUGGCUCUCAGAGUGCCCUGCAUCUUUAUUAUAGACGCCAUCUUUAACUCCUACUACGACCCCGGCUCAGGAUGGGCUGCUGCCAUGUGGAAGGUGCUGCUCAGGGUGAUGGGUGUCCUCGUCUCCACGGUGGUGCUUCUUCUCUCCCAGAAAGCCUUGUUUAAGUUCUACACCCUCUUCUUCGCCGUCAUGCUCGGCGUGGCGGCGGUCCUCAUCAACUACUACGCCACCUCACACAUAGACUUCUACAGCGCCUACUACAAGGCGGCGCUGGGCUUCCGGCUGCUGCCCAGGAACGGCCCCACGCUGUGGCUCGGCAUGGCGGCCGUCCAGCUGAUGUUCGGCGUCGGUUACGUCUUCCUGCUCAACCUGCAGUCGGUGUUCGCGGCGCUGGUGGUGCUGGACAUCAUGAUGCCUCUGUGGGGGCUGAUGAUCGAGCUGCCGGUGGACGUGAGGCAGCUGGUGGCGGUGUUCUCGGGUCUGGCGUUGGCCCUGAACACGGCCGUGUGUCUCGCCGUGAGGCUGAAAUGGUUUUACUACUCGUGCCGCUACGUCUACCUGCUGGUGAGACACAUGUACCGGAUCUACGGGCUCCAGCUGCUGCUCGAGGACACGUGGAAGAGGAUCCGGUUCCCCGACGUGCUGCGGGUGUUCUGGCUGACCCGGGUCACGGCGCAGGCGCUGAUCCUGGUGUACGUGGUGCGGGCGGUGAGGAGGGAGAGCGGAGACGCGACGGGGGGAGCGACAGACGGAGGCUCGGACGCACAGGGCUACCUGCUGAGCUGGGACGUGUUCUGGGAUCUGACCAGUAACCUGAUCAUCUCGGGCUGCGACUCCACGCUCACCGUGCUGGGAAUGAGCGCCGUCAUCUCCUCGGUGGCUCACUACCUCGGCCUCAGCAUCCUCGCCUUCAUCGGUUCGACGGAGGAAGAGGAUAAACGUUUAGGGUUCGUGGCUCCGGUUCUGUUCUUCAUCCUCGCUCUGCAGACCGGCCUCAGCAGCCUUCAUCCUGACGAGCGUCUGGUGCGUCUGAGCCGUAACAUGUGCCUUCUGCUGACGGCCAUCCUUCACUUCAUCCACGGCAUGACCGACCCCGUCCUGAUGUCCCUCAGCGCUUCUCACGUCUCCUCUGUCAGACGCCACUUCCCGGUGCUGCUGGUGUCUCUGGCGCUCUUCGUGCUCCCCGUGGCGCUCAGCUACGCUCUCUGGCAUCACUACGCUCUCAACACCUGGCUGUUCGCCGUCACCGCCUUCUGUGUGGAGCUCUGCCUCAAGGUGGUUGUCUCUCUAACGGUCUACGGACUCUUCAUGGCCGACGGCUUCUCCAACGUCCUGUGGGAGAAGCUUGACGACUACGUUUACUACGUCCGCUCCACGGGGAACAUCAUCGAGUUCCUGUUCGGCGUCAUCAUGUUCGGUAACGGCGCCUACACCAUGAUGUUCGAGUCGGGCAGUAAGAUCCGCGCCUGCAUGAUGUGCCUGCACGCCUACUUCAACAUCUACCUGCAGGCCAAGAACGGCUGGAAGACCUUCAUCAACCGUCGCACCGCCGUCAAGAAGAUCAACUCGCUGCCGGAGGUCCGCGGCGACCAGCUGAGCGACAUCGAGGACGUGUGCGCCAUCUGCUACCAGGAGUUCGCCACGUCGGCCCGCAUCACGCCCUGCCACCACUACUUCCACGCGCUGUGCCUGAGGAAGUGGCUCUACAUCCAGGACACCUGCCCCAUGUGCCACCAGCGGGUCUACGUGGAGGAGGAGAGUCGAGACCGAGCCGCCUUCUCCAACAACAACGGGGGCUACGCCGCUCCUCAGGACGCCGACGCCCCGCCGGCCGCAGAGGGGGAGGAGGACCAGCUACCCGACGACGACGACCCCCCCGGUGACGGAGCGGUCGGGGGGGCGGCGGCGGCGGCUGCGGGAGAGCUCGAUAACGAACUCCUUGAGGACAACGACAGCAUAGAGUACGACGAAGACGAGUGGGGGACUCAAAACGGAGGAACGCCCAUAGAAGAAGAUUAUAUCAAUGACGACACAGACUCCACAGAGGACUGACAACAAGAAUAAUAAUAAUAAUAAAAACUAAUGAAAUCUAUAGAAAAAUAUACAUAUAUAUCUUUAUUAUAUUUAAGUUAAAAAAAAAAAGAAGAAAGAAUUAUAAAACACAAAUUCAGCAACUUUAAUUUGUUCUUGAACAAUGUCAGGGAUGAUGUCAUUCUCUUUUUUUCUUGUUAGUUUCUUUUUGUUUAGUUUUUUUUUUUUUGAGUUUGGGUUUUUACUCUAUAAGGGCUCAAGGAAAGAGUAACUGCUGCUCUCAUUCUCUGUCUGUCUGUGUGUGUGUGUGUGUCUGUGUGUGUGUGUGUGUGUGUGUUGAGGCUGCAUGAUGUCGACCAAAAAACAUCCUCAUUUUUUCUCUUUAUCUUCACAUGUUGGCUCAGCUGUUUCUAAUUAUUUAUUUCCCCACACCUCAAAAAAAAUGACACACAUCCAUUAAAUAUAAGAUUAAAUAAUAUAUCAGAUUCCCCACAUCAUCAUCUUAACGGUUAACGGCACAUUAAGUACGGUUAUAUAGAAACAUUUUUAUUCCCCUUUAGAGAAGAAUUAAAUAUUGCGUCACCUCUGCAGCCUCGGUGAGUGUGUGUGUGUGUGUGAUCUCGUGUGUGCCUGCCGACAUGUAAUGUGCUUAGACGAUGUCUUAAGAUGCAGUUCACGUUCCCUUGCAGUUUGUUUAUAGAGGGAAACAAAGAAGAGAGCGAUGAUAAGAGUUUAUUAACGACAAAAAAACUAAAGAACUGGGACGAAUUUGAGCUUGAAAUCUGCACGUCAGGAUUUGACUGAUUUGAGUUUUUUGCAGAUUCUUUGGGAUUAAAAGUAUCAGAAAAGACUUAAAAACACAUUAUUGGUAUUGAGUAACUUCUCCACAGGCUCAAAACAUCAAUUUCACUUAUGUUUUAUGUCUAAAUCGACUUCGAGAGCUUUCAAAUCCUGACUUGCAGAUCGAUAGAAGCUCAAAUUUGUAUUUUUUUUUUUUGUCCUUAACGAACUUUAACAGAAUAUUUGUGAAAGAGUGAAAGAAAAGAAAGAGAGAGAGAGAGAGAGAGAGAGUGAAUGAAUGAAGGUGAGACAGUGAAGCAGUUUUCUAUCAACUCUGCGCCAAAACCAGAGGAAAAACUAAAAGAGAGGUGUGUCUGAUUUUUUUUAAAGUGACUUCCUACUGUAAUCACUGAGAUACCUCUGGUCAUUUACUUACUACUACUUGGUCUCUUGUGUGACCGCGCUUUACAUUUGUGUACGUUAUUGUACAUAUAAUAAAAACACAUGCACACUUUCUCCCUUUACGAUAAAAAAAAAAGAAAAGAAAAAGUUGUUUUCUAAUUAUUAUUAUUAUUAUUAUUUUUAUUUCCCCCCCCCCCCCCCCCCCUCUUUCCUUCCUCUUGCUACUUUUCUCAUGACAUAAAUCAAUAUUGAGUUUUGGUUAAAAAAAAAGCUCGUUUCAGACCCCAGAUUUGGUUUGUAUGUGAUAAAGAGAUGAAGAGUGUUUGGUAUGAAGCCACUAAUGAAAAGCUCGAUCCCAAAAAAAAUCUAAAAAAUGAUUCAUUGUUGAUGUUUUUCUGUCCGUGUCUCACAAUAAUAAUCCAUCAUGAAAAAGGUGCAAGUUCUCCAGUCUGCUGUGGACUCGAUGCUCUUGAAAGAGACGCCAUCAUUUGUUUUAAAUCUGUUCUAAUAAUAGUCUCGUUUAUGUCAUUCAGUAAAUGCACCUUUUCUUUUUCUUUUUUCUUCCUUGUGUUUUGAAUCACUGGUACAGAGAGGAGAGGGAGGUUUUAUCCUGCUGUCCAUCUCCCGGGGCAACAGGCGGAGAGAGAGACGACUGCACCUUUUUUUUUUAACGAAGGCUCAAACUGUGUUUUCUAGUCUCAGGGUCCCGCUGCAGGGCUGCUGGAAGAGUUCUUUCAAUACCAUUUUUUUCGUUGAAUUUCCAGGCCUUAAAAAAAAACAACAAACUUCACUGGCUGCAGAAAUGUCUGGAAAAGAAAAAGUCGUGACGGUUUAAAAAACAACGACGACGAUUAACUCUUUGAUAUCUGUCGUGAUGUCGAGCUUCGGUUCAGUUUCCAGCAGCAGACGUCCGAUCGACACUGAUCCCAAAAUCUUUCAGCUACCGGCACUAAAUGUGCCUUCGACAGUAUGGACAGUACAACCAAUCAGAUCCCUCGACCACCGCGGAGAUCUUCAUCGUGCAUUUGUAUUAAAAAAAAAAAGCUUUCAAGCACAACUCCUACGAGUAUUAUGUUGUUUAGACUUCCACAGCCUGAACGUCUUAAAGGGUUUGACUACAAACUUAUGUUCAUUACUGUUGUAAUUACUGGUUUGCAGUAAAUAAGCUGCAUGGAAUGAGAGAAAGAGAUGAUUUUUGGGGGGGUUGGUUGGUGGGGGG